ACGCCGGGAUACGGUUCCGGGUCGUGGUGCGGCUCGGGGCAACAGGGCUCCUGCUCAGCCGGCCGGCGGCAGCGAGCAGCAGGGGCAUGAGGGCGAGCCCGGGAGACGGCAGCUGAGCGGGCCGGGAGGAGCGCCGGUCCCCCAGGAUUCCGAGAGUGCAGAGAUCCGGGCAGGGGCCGGGCCCUCCCCCCAGGAACGUGUCCCGGGGUCGACCUGGCCCUAGUGUGGCAGCAGCUUCAGGUGUGGCGGUGAGAAGUUGGAGAGGCACUGUACGUACUGUACCAGGCUCCCUUUUACUGGAUCUUGGCGGAUGGUAGGUGAGCUCGUGAAACAAUAUGAAGAGGAGAAAAUAGCCUUUUAAGGAAAUUGGCCCACAGAAAGGAUGGCCUUCUUGGACAAUCCAACUAUCAUUCUAGCUCAUAUUCGACAGUCCCAUGUGACCAGUGAUGACACGGGAAUGUGUGAGAUGGUUCUCAUUGAUCAUGAUGUUGACCUAGAGAAGAUUCAUCCUCCUUCAAUGCCCGGAGACAGUGGGUCAGAAAUUCAGGGAAGCAAUGGUGAGACUCAGGGCUAUGUAUAUGCCCAGUCAGUCGAUAUUACCUCAAGUUGGGACUUUGGUAUUAGAAGACGCUCAAACACAGCUCAAAGAUUAGAACGACUCCGAAAAGAGAGACAAAACCAGAUCAAAUGCAAAAAUAUUCAGUGGAAAGAAAGAAAUUCUAAGCAAUCAGCCCAGGAGUUAAAGUCACUGUUUGAAAAAAAAUCCCUUAAAGAGAAGCCUCCAAGUUCUGGAAAGCAGUCAAUACUAUCUGUGCGCCUGGAGCAGUGCCCCUUGCAGCUGAAUAACCCCUUUAACGAAUAUUCCAAAUUUGAUGGCAAGGGUCAUGUGGGUACAACGGCAACCAAGAAGAUCGAUGUCUACCUCCCGCUGCACUCGAGCCAGGACAGACUGCUGCCAAUGACUGUGGUGACAAUGGCCAGCGCCAGGGUGCAGGACCUAAUUGGACUCAUCUGUUGGCAGUAUACAAGUGAAGGACGGGAGCCGAAGCUCAAUGACAACGUCAGUGCCUACUGCCUGCAUAUUGCUGAGGACGAUGGGGAGGUGGACACGGAUUUCCCCCCGCUGGAUUCCAAUGAACCCAUUCAUAAGUUUGGCUUCAGUACUUUGGCCCUGGUUGAAAAGUAUUCAUCUCCUGGUCUGACAUCCAAAGAGUCACUCUUUGUUCGAAUAAAUGCUGCUCACGGAUUCUCCCUUAUUCAGGUGGACAACACAAAGGUCACCAUGAAAGAAAUCUUGCUAAAGGCAGUGAAGCGAAGAAAAGGAUCCCAGAAAAUUUCAGGCCCCCAGUACCGCCUGGAGAAGCAGAGCGAGCCCAACAUCGCCGUAGACCUGGAGAGCACUUUGGAGAGCCAGAGCGCCUGGGAGUUCUGCCUGGUCCGCGAGAACAGUUCAAGGGCAGACGGGGUUUUUGAGGAAGAUUCGCAAAUUGACAUAGCGACGGUCCAGGAUAUGCUCAGCAGCCACCAUUACAAGUCCUUCAAAGUCAGCAUGCUCCACCGGCUGCGCUUCACCACCGACGUGCAGCUGGGUAUCUCUGGAGACAAAGUAGAGAUAGACCCUGUUACGAAUCAGAAAGCCAGCACUAAGUUUUGGAUUAAGCAGAAACCCAUCUCAAUCGAUUCUGACCUGCUCUGUGCCUGUGACCUUGCUGAAGAAAAAAGCCCCAGUCACGCAAUAUUCAAACUCACGUAUCUAAGCAAUCACGACUACAAACACCUCUACUUCGAAUCUGACGCUGCUACCGUCAACGAGAUCGUGCUCAAGGUUAACUACAUUCUGGAAUCACGAGCCAGCACUGCCCGGGCUGAGUACUUUGCUCAAAAACAAAGAAAACUGAACAGACGUACGAGCUUCAGCUUCCAGAAGGAGAAGAAGUCAGGGCAGCAGUGACACUGGCGCCAGCCUGUCUGUUGCUGUCACUCAGCGCCAGCCUGCCGGGGCCAGGUGGCCUGGAGCCCGUCCUGCGGCUGGGGGAGGCCAGCCCCAAGCUCAGGACGCAGGGCUGGUGGGCUCUCCGGGCAGGUGCGGCACGGGAAAGGGGCACCCUAGGACGGAGCUCUGGGGACAUUGCCACAGGCCACGCCUGCCUGGCAGUGGCUGUGACUUGCAGUGCCUGGGGCCAGAGCACCCACGGGGAGCCGCGCAGCCCUGCUGCCUUCACUGCCCGAUGACCUGCCCGGGUGUACAUAGCCGUGCCCAGACGUUUCCUCGCAACUUGAUCAAAUUUCUUAAAGCAAAUGAAGAACAAAAAUGUACAUUUUUUUUCCUUUUAAUAAACAGGUGUACUCUUUAUCAUG